AUGUGCCCAUCCAUAAUAUCAUCCAUUUCGCACCAUUCUCCCGUCUCUCCCCUGAGAAUGUCCACCAAAGAAGACACCACCAAGGCCAAAAAUGCUAUUAAUGCAACCGUAGUAGAAGAAACCGUGUACAAUGACAAAUUAGACCAAGUAGAACCAGAAGAAGAACUGAACCGCAAAUUCAUCCAACGCAACAAACGAUGGGUCGUACUAGUAGACGAUGAAGAACCCAUUCGAUUGGCAGUCGGAGACUUUUUAUAUUCCCAUGGAUACCAAGUUACGGCGUGCGCAGAUGCGGACAGCAUGUUGGAAGUUUGUGCCAAGCCGACAGUGGAUGGUGCCUUGAUCACACCGGACGCCAUUGUCAGCGAUAUUCGAAUGCCGGGAAAAGAUGGAUUGGAACUCCUUGGUCUGAUACGAGAGGACCAACGGUUGACAAGAAUCCCAGUGAUUUUGUUGACGGCCAAGGCCAUGACCAAGGAUCGAAUUGAUGGCUACAAGGCGGGAGCCGAUGUCUACCUUCCAAAGCCCUUUGAUCCGGAAGAGCUAUUGAGUAUCUUGGACAAUAUCAUUACACGAAGAAAACAAAUGAGUGGCAAGAAUGGGGAUCUGAUGGACCUCAAAACGGACAUGGAAAAUAUCAAAUUCAUUAUGCAACAAAACAGUCAGACUGUCGUCAAGAAGACGGACGUCUUUUUGACAGAUACAGAAAGGGAUGUUCUGGAAUUGGUGUGUAAGGGGUAUACCAAUACCGAAGUUGCAACGAAACGGGAAGUUGCAGUCGAUUCCGUCAAUCGAAUGUUAACUAAACUGUAUUCGGAAACGGGGACCAGGACGCGGACCGAAUUGGUGCGAUGGGCCAUGAAACAUGGGUACGUAUCCACAAAAUAUAAAGCUUAG